UUUCUGCUCUGAGGCGCUGGAGUAGAGCUGCUCUGCGCUGGAAGAUGAAGCCUUGCCGGACCGAGCAAUAAGGAUUACAGUGAUUUGACUUUAGAAAAGAGAAGAGAGGACCAUUAUAUCUGCCAGUCAUCUUUAUACGUAUUCCAGGAUGCCUCGUUCAUUCCUAGUAAAGAAGCAUUUCAAUGCAGCCAAGAAACCGAAUUAUAGUGAACUGGAGAGUCCAACAGUGUUUAUUUCUCCAUAUGUCUUAAAAACCCUCCCGGUGCCUGUUAUACCUCAGCCUGAAGUGUUAAGCCCGGUGUCGUAUAACCCCAUAACAGUGUGGACUACCAGCAACCUGCCCCUGUCACCCCUGCCCAGCGACCUGUCCCUUAUCUCCGGAUACCCCUCGUCCCUCUCCGACACGUCCUCUAAUAAAGACCACAGCGGUUCGGAGAGCCCCAGGAGCGAUGGAGACGAGCGGAUACAGUCGACCAAAUAUUUCGAUUGGACCGGAGCUCAUGAAUAUGCACGUUUCGAACGCUCGGCCCCUCCCUUUGCACCUGAUUGGAAGUAUUUACUUGUUUUCUGCUCUGAGGCGCUGGAGUAG